CUUUGAUCCCAUACAAAAUAGUGUUGACAGGCUAAAAAUGGUCGAAACGCAAGUGAUAUGUUUAGUGAAUUCCCUUCGCGCUAAAUCAUGAAAUUAAUAUCCACCUAUAAUUUAGUUUGGGACGUGGAGCCUCCCAAUAGUUGCUAAAAUGAACUGUCACCAAAUUCUUAGUGGAGCUUGCAAUGCUGGAGACAGAUGUUUUGCAGUGGGCAGUGUGGAAGGUGUUCCCUUCACUGCAUAUGCUGCUGGCUGCAACAUCGUGAUCCUUGCAAGCAACUUUGAGCGUGUGCAGAUCAUUCCUGGUGCGAUCCAUAACUAUGUACGCAUCAGUUGUGUCGACUGUUCUACUGACACUGGUAAAAUUGCUGCAGCAUACGAUAACCAAGUGUGCAUUUUUGAACCAACACCUCUCAUCCGCAAUGAUAGUGUGCAUCAAUUGGACUACCGAUGGGUGCAAACAGGAAGUCUCCAAACAGAAUCUCGCAUCUCGUCCCUAUCUUGGAAUCUAGAGGGGACACGCCUUCUUACUGGUGGUGACAUACUUCAGCUAUGGCACCAACACAUAACCCCACAGAUGCUUGAUGAUGAGCUGGAGACAGGUCUAUCAGGAGAGGGAGUGACUUUUGAGAUAGGUGAAGAUGCGGUAGGCAGCAGUCUAGAGGGAGGAUUAGACAGCUCCACCCCUGCAAUUGAAGAUGACCCUCGUGACUGGGACUGCGUUUGGAAGUGUGCCACAGCUACGCCAAUACACCACAUGGCAUUUUCCCCUGAUGGCACACUAUUUGCCACCUGUGGGAAAAAUGAUCGUCUUGUCAAAAUUUGGUUUGAAAAUAAGCAAUUGUUGUUCCCAUCCAAAAGCCUUGAUGCAAGUGCCAUGUCUUUGGGAGGUUUGUCAACUCCUUCAGAACUGAACUAUGGUUUUGUGUACAUUUCCCACCCGCGGGCCGUCACGCAGCUUUCAUGGCGAAAAACCAGCAAGUAUAUGCCCAAGGGAUCUGUCUCGAAUAUGCUUGUAACCUCAUGCCGAGAUAACAUUUGUCGAAUCUGGGUGGAAACCGUACUUCCGGAUGAUGGUUUAGUCAACAUGUCUCAGUUUGAUCCAAUUGCAGCUCAAAAUCCUAAAUUCCGUACUCACAGACAUAAACAUAGAUUCAUGCAACGCUUAAAACACAUGAAAACAUGCUUUCAUCUACGAAGGCAUGCCAAGCACAGCACAUCAGAUCUGGGGAGCGUAACAACAACCAUUCCAACGUUGCCAUCAACUUACAGUGUUCAUGACUUCCACAGUUAUGGAUUUCAUGGCACAGGGAUUACCCCAGCUGUCCAUUUUCACUUAGCUGCAAGUAUUAAUGCUGAAACAGAUAUUCCUUUAGUUCCUAGUCUAGUCACCGGAGACCCUGAAAGGGAGCCAAAUUUUAUUUUACACUGGUUAAAUAAUAAGGAAAUGCAUUUCUCGCUUCAAGCUGAAAAUAUUCUACAAGAAUUAACUCGUAAAGUUGUUGAAAAAGAAGAUGGAUUAGUUGUAGAAAGCAAUCAAGAUACAUCAGAACACCACGGCUCAGAUUCUAUUUCAGGAAAGAAAAGAGUAUCUGGACCAAUGGGGAAGUCUCUAUCACAAGAUGGUAGUGGAAGCGAUGAGCAUCACCCAAGUUAUCCAUCCAGUAGUCAUCAAACUCUUAGUAAUGCAACCUCCAUAAACUCAAUAGCAAUGGAUCCUGCUCCUUCUAUGACUGGCGGGGGUCAUGUUACCGAUUCUUUAGAUGCUAAAAUUGAAUCACUUCUUCGGGACUGGCACCACAGCCCUGAUCUCUUGUUCAGUAUUCAUCCUGUCGACGGCAGUUUCCUUAUAUGGGUGGUGGACUGGCUGGACGAGUACCACUCAGGGUCGUUUCGCCAAGCCCAAGUCUCAUUCUCAACACGCAUUCCAGCUGCAUUUCCCCUUGGAGAUGCAACCACCAUGUCAAAUAACGUCAGCCUUUAUCACACAUCCGGGUCUCUUCUUCAGUUAGCAUUUCGUGAUGUUGUUAAAACAGCCUCCGCCCUUCCCACCACACCUUCCAAGUCACCUACCAUCAUUGUCAACGAUGGAGCUGGCAUGGAUGGAGAGAAUACAGGACAGUUACCGUGCCUGGAGGAAGAAGAUCCAGCCGCAGAUGGCGAAUCAACCCAGUCAGUUCCGCCGGCCCAGCCAACAGAGAACGGGCCAGCAGCGCACUCAGUCGGAGGGGACUCACACUCCACCAUCAACGACAUACUGUCAGCACCACCGUCUCCCACACUGUCUCUCCUUACUAAACACACCAACGGCACUCUUAAUCUAUGGCAACUGACUUUUGCAGACAAAACAAAAUUUUCUCAAGUUUUGAGUAUUGGUCAUGCUGCCCGAACAUCAGGUCAUCGAUUCCGUGUCAAUGACAUUACAUGUCAUCCUGUGUUACCACUUUUACUCACCACCUCUCAUCAUAACACCCCAGAUGGUGGGAAUACUGAAUCGCCAGCCUCCCCAAAUGUUCCGAAUGGACUCAAAACACCCACUGGAUUUUGUAGUGAACUUAUUUUGUGGCGAGUGGAUGCUGUUGGUCCACUAUCAAAGUCUGGUGGGGUAUCAGAACUGGCAAGAAUCAAUUCCCUUCAGAUGUCCGCUUUCUCUAAUGCUGCCUGGAUCCCAACCCUCUUACCCAGCACAACCUUGGGAAAUUUAAGUAAUUCACCAAGCGCAUGUUUUGUAGCCUCAGAUGGUGAAAGUCUUCGAGUAUAUCAAGCUGUCAUUGAUGCCAGAACUUUACUGGCAGAGAUCUCAAGCUCAGAACGUAGAAGUAGAAUCAAGGGCUCUUUGGUAAGCCUUUCAACAGAAUGUUCCUCAGAUGAUGGUGUCAAACAUUCCUCACUCCACGAUCGAAUAAAAAUUGUUUCUCAGCAGUCUACUGCCCGUCCUGGAUGUGUCAUACAAUUAGAUGCUAUUUCUAAUGCUGUUCAUGAUUGGCAGAAUACUCAAUUCCUCCAUGUUUUUCAAGAGCAGCUCAUAACUGGUGAGCGGUCUACAAUGAGUGGGGCUGACAUUGGCCUCAUGGAGACUCGUAUGGGUGCCAUGGUUGACCUCCAGCAGAACGCUGAAUUCGAAGAGCCAUUUUAUUUGGUUCUCCUUGAGCGGACAACUCAAGGAACGACCAUUCACAUGUGGCGACUCAUCAUUGCCUCCCAGCCACAGAAUGAUGAACUGAGUGGGAGUAUGAUGUAUGUCCCUGAUAGCCAAAUUGUUCAAGAUGAUGACGACACAGAGAGCCGAAUCGCUGCUGGUGCCGGGAUGGAAGAUGGAGCUGAAGAAGAUGUCGAAACUCCUCAUAUACUAAUCUCAACAACUAAGGUCUGCACUCAAGAACUUCCUCUUCCUGAUGGCGUAGAUGUUAUUCAUGCAGCCCCAGCUGGGGGCCAUUUAUCCUCCGCAUCUAUCUAUCCCGCAUGUUUUGCCCCAUACAUUAUAGUCACUGCUUGCUCUGACAGCACUAUCAGGUUUUGGAAGUGCAAUGUAACUAAAGAAGAUGAUGACAAAAAUUCCAAAUCCUACAAGUAUGAAUGGGCGGAAUGGGAGAUGUUGAGCAAAGACCGUCAGUCAACAAUUGAGAUUUCUGGCCAGCCACUGAACAUUAGCGCAGCGUACUCUGGUAGAAUAUCUGUUGCCUACAAAUAUGGCAAGUCCUUUACCAGACCGUCAAAGCGGGAUCCCGAUUCUCGCUAUGUCAACCUAUGCGUUGCCAUUUAUGAGUGUGAAAGCACAGGAGGCUCUGAAUGGGUACUUGAAGACACAAUCCAUUUGAAGAACAUCCACCUCCCACGCAUGCAAGUUGACCCAAGUCUAGACCUUUCAUAUCUGUAUGAUUCAACGUUCCUUAGUAAAAAACAGAAACUCCAGUCAUCAUUCAUCAAGGCCAUUUCUUCAGAGGAAUUAGACUCGAGGACACAUACACGUAAUGGUGAUUACCUAGGUGACAACAAUUUGGUCAAAACAGGUGCUGGAUUGCUAGCUGUCCCAAGUUUUUCAACAUUACAGUCAUUGCGUAAGUCCAUUAUCGAUCAUGGAAACACAUGCCCAUUGACGCAGAAACACUUGGUUCAACUGGAUUGGGUCUCGAAAGAAGAUGGGUCACACAUACUGACUGUUGGAGUCGGAAGCAAGAUUAUGCUGUUCACACCGGUUUCGAGCGACUUGGCUCAAGCCAACAUGAAAGCCAUGAAGGAAUCUCAAUCAACCAAUAGACCAAUCCUACGAAAGGCGUCUUCGUUGGCAGCACCUAACUUUGUGGAUGAAAUUCGCUGGAUGAAGUUGCGAGCUAUCAGCCUUCGCACAGCAGACGGUCUUCCACCGCUGCCAAUGCAAAUCUCCUGGGUGCGGGAUGGAAUCCUUGUCGUUGGAAUGGACAAUGAGAUGCAUGUUUAUUCCCAGUGGAAACCCAUUGGUAUCAAGCCUGGUCUAGGACGGCUGGCCCAUCAAGAGUCAGAUGAACUCCAGGACACUCGCAACCUGCGAGAUGAAGAUUUGCGGAGUCUGGCGCAGGAAACGUCACAAAGAAGACUUGCAAAUGUCAGUUCUAUGCCUCAUCUGUCUCGAGUCAGUUCUAUCAAUCUCACCAUGCUUGCUGUCGAAAGCAAGAAGAAACGCUCAUUUGUAUCUGGUGGCUCUGGUCCAAAUGACCCUCAAACAAGCAUGGAUUCAUACAUGCCAGACUAUGGCUUAUUUGAAGCAAGUCGCAUCGCUUGUCCAGUUCUACCGCAGUACCACCCGAAACAGCUUAUGGAAUUAUUGAACUCCGGAAAAAUCAGAUGGGUCAAGGCUAUUCUAGCUCACCUAGUCAGGUGUAUAUCAAACACGUGCAGUGUGCGUCAAGGUGCUGUUGUGUGUUCUUUCUCUGACGAGGAGAAUCUCAUGCGCCAGCGUGGCUGGUCUCGAUCUCGAACAUUAUCGGUCAGUUAUGCUGGAGCAACAAGUCCAUUAGAGCAGCGCGGCUCUACAACAGCCAUUCCUGAGGAGUUGACCCUAGAUUAUGCAGAGAUAACAUCAAUCCCACCACUACCCCUUUGGACAUUGCUGGCUGCUGACAAAGAAUCCUCAGUUAAGAAAACUAACGAAGAUACUCAAGAUUACAAUAAACUAUUUGAUGGAAACAUCGCACAACAUGACCUCUCUUUGGAUGAAAUGCUGGAAGAAGAUGAGCCAGAUGCUGCAGUGUGCAAUCGCGAUAGACGACAGUCGACCAGUGAUAAACAAGGUCUCUCACACUUUGGUCCUCGGCAGGGUCGUCUGCUCUCUCGGUUACUCACGCACACCCACUUGCCUGGCCUCUCAAGUCUAGACCAAAUGCACUUAUUGGCGUUGGCUGACACGGUGUCUACCUGUAAUAUUGACUUUGCCGAAAGGUUUGCAAUUGAUGCUGCUAGAAGUGCCAUUGCCAAAGAGAAUUUGACAGGGGUGCCGGAUGGUGAUACUUCCUCCGAUUCUCUUGAUGAUUGCGGUCUUCGUUUCCUCUUGGCGAUGAAGCAUUACAACUAUCUUCUGCGCUGUUUGCCAAUCGCUCAACGAGCCCAAUUCCAACGGCAAGGAAUUGCAUCGAACAACCUUGUCUGGGCAUUCCAUUCGGAAAGUGAGGAUGAACUUCUGUCCUUAAUCCCAUCCUACGCCAAAGGGUCACCUAAAUGGUCCGUCCUCAAAGAGCUAGGCGUCGGCUGGUGGCUCAGAAAUCAUACCUGUCUCAAAACCUGCAUUGAAAAGGUGGCCAAAGCAGCCUAUCAACAGAACCAAGACCCCCUAGAUGCAGCACUGUUUUAUAUUGCCAUGAAGAAAAAGUCGAUCGUGUGGGGUCUUUUCCGUUCUCAAAGAGACGAACGUAUGACCUCAUUUUUCUCCAAUAAUUUUGCAGAGGAUCGAUGGCGUAAAGCUGCUCUUAAAAAUGCCUUUGCUCUUUUGGGGAAACAACGCUUUGAGCAUGCUGCUGCAUUUUUCUUACUUGCUGGUGCCUUACGUGAUGCAAUUGAGGUUUGUCUCAAUAAACUAGAAGACUUGCAACUUGCAAUGGUCAUAGCCAGACUUUAUGAAGGAGAAAUUGAUUCCACUCCACCUAGUUUAAAGCGAUUGCUCUAUGAAGAAAUUCUUGGCUGCAAUGCAGAGGGUGAAAGUCAAAAUCUCUCUGUUGCACAUCCUGAUCCCUUCCUACGGUCAAUGGCCCUUUGGAUUCUUAAAGACUUUACAGGCAGUUUGAACACUUUGGUUCAGACCAAUGUCGGAUCAAUGCAUCCACAAUAUUCAGAUGAUGACAAACCAGAAACGACCGCUAAUCCAAAUGUAUUUAAUUUCUACGUUUAUCUAAGAACACAUCCGCUACUGAUUCGACACCACUUGGCCUCACAGUACUUGGAUAAAAAACACACAGUUGUUCUGUCUGGUUUCAGUUACUCCAACGAUACUAAACUCAAAAAUGCAGCAGCAGACCGACAGUUAUUGCUUGAAGACUCGAUAACUCCUCUUGAGAGGCAGCUCUACUUCACAACAGCGCAUGCACAUUUCAAAGCUGGAUGCCCUGCUCUAGCCCUUGAGGUCCUGUCCAAACUGCCGAGCAAGGUCAUGGAGCCCUCCAGUGAUGAAGGUCAAAGCUUACUGAACAGCACGAUCAAGAAGAGAGCUCCAGACACUCUCAUCCACACUGGUACAAUUGACUGGGAUGCACCCAUAACUUCCCCUGAGAAACAAGUCAAUGAAACAGCGGUGAAUUGGGGUGCAAGCAGUGAUUUUGACUGGUCACAGCCAGUUGCAAAGAAAGAGGAUGAGUUGGUGCUCAACUGGAGUGAUGAAGAAAAAGAUGAAACUUCAGAUACAGACCUCAAAGAUGAAGAAAAAGUUGCAACUAAAAAGGAGACGCAGAAACACGAACAAAUGAAAAAUAAAGAAGACACGAUGAAGGAUGAUGAGGAGGGUGAAGCACAGUCAUCAGGCACUUUAGAUAUCAUGGCUCAGCAGCUGAAAUUUGUUGCCUGUCUCAAAAUUUUAAUGGAGGAGUUAUCGACUUUAGCCACCGGUUAUGAGGUUGAUGGUGGAGAGUUGCGCUACCAUCUAUACGUUUGGCUUGAACGGGAGGUUGAAGCUCUGCGCACACUUUGCAACUACAGUGCUGGAGAUGCAGACACCUCUUCAGGAGAACUGGAGCCUCUCAACACUUCUCAAGAUCCUGGCAGAGAGCAUUGUUCUACCCCUACUUUCAAGAAUUCAGGUGACAAGCCCACCCUUCAUGAAAUUUUAAUCGCUGAUAAAUUGGACUUUGAAGCCAAAGUUCAGCGGGCUGCGCGGAGGAAAAAAUGGUUGAAAGCAAACGAAACCCUACUGCGGACUUUACUUAGUUAUUGUAGCUUGCACGGUGCCAGUGGAGGAGGUCUAGCAAGCGUACGCAUGGAACUUGUUCUCCUUCUUCAAGAACUGCAACAAGAAAAGACUCAACAACAAUUGCUUUCCCCUCUUCCCUUCCCAACCACACUUCCACUUCUUUCAGCAAGUGUUGCAUGUAACAAAACGGUGGUUGCUGAUCCUGUUCGCCAUUUGCAGUCCCUGACUCAUGAUAUGCUACAGACUAUCGUUGAAAUGCGCGCUCCUCCACUUUUAACACGAGUCAAUCUCAGUGAACUGUUCGUCCUCCGCGAUCUUGCGGUUGCGCUCUCUGCAUGCAUUUACCAGUCUCUCUGUGAUAGCGAUACCUGUGGUAUUAAUAGAGCUACGGUUGACUGCUACCAGACCGGUGCCUCUGAUAACCUUGCUGUAAUGUCAUCAACAUCUCAUCUAAUAGCAACACACCAUCGUCGCCGCCGCUACUCAACUGAAGAACCCUCUCAAAUCACAACGCCUCCCUCCAAGUGGCCUGGAGUCUCCAAUCUCCGCUUCUUGCUGGCACAUGAGAAAGAUGAGGACUCACCUCGUCUCAACAUUCUUUUGUGUGAGGCGUUCGUCGCAUCGUACAUGGCGCUUUUAACGUAUGCUCUUGCAACAUGUGAUUGCCACAUAUUGUACCGGUUGGCUGGACAGAAAUUCUCAGAGCUGACUUGGGCCAGCCUAUUCGGAGGAGGAGUGAAAAAGCUCUUGAGGGUUGCCCACAGUACAAAUGCUAUGAAUAGUCAGCCAAGUCCUCUAGAGAGGGAAAACAGUGAAGCGAACGUUUGGUCGACAAUGACCUCUUUGACGAAACAGCGAGUGCGGCUCAAUAUGAAACUGUUGGGCCAGUUCAGUAGUCAGUCAGGAACAGCAGUCAUGAAGGAGGGUCUACCUACAUAUAGAGAAAAGUUUGUCCCACCGGAAAUGUCAAUGGUCUCCUAUUUCCUCAACAAGCCGUGUCUCUCGCAAGACGCUCAAGAUGUAGACUAUGACUCAGCAGAUAGCGCUGUUUCAGACGUUUCGGAUGACGAAGAUGAGGAAGAUGUAUUUGAAGGCAAUGAUCUGGGUUCACGCAGCAAUAAGAAGGUUAAAGAAAAUACUGAACACUCAAAUCCGUGGAGUCAUGCCUGGUACAUUAUGCGCUAUGCUGUGGUCAAAUUGGCUCAGUUGCAACUACAGAGUUUCUUGAAUAUCGCUGGAAUAGAAUUGCAAGAGUUACCCGUAAGCAGCCCGCUAAUUCACGGUGUCUUGCGAGUGGUGGCGCACUGGCAAGAGAUCCUCAAAGAUGAAGUAGAACAUCGUGGCCCUCCACCCGUUGAUUACAUUCCUGGCUGCUAUGUCGAGCAGUCUGCCCCAGGGCCAGCUGUUAACAAGUACAAAUCCCUCCUAGAGAAAGACAACACACCCUUUCAUCCUCGUCACUGGACAGCGGCUCCCGCCCGGCGUUUGUGGACGUUUCUGGUGCGUCAAGAAGCAGUUCAAGAUAUGUUUAUCCGCUACAUAUUUGGAAAACGACAAAUGACCACUGGCUCUAUCGUGGGUGACAAUUCUGAUGACAAGACUUCCGAAUCCGGAACUACUAACAAUCCUCCUGAGCUCGUUCGGAUUAUUCACAAAGAGCAGGACUCAAUAUCAGCGUUCUGUCUCAAUCAGAUCGAUGGUGGAAUGUUAGCUCUGGCAACACUUCGGGAGGUCCAGGAAAUCGAUAUCUCAUUAUUAUUAGAAUCUCCAUCCUGGCUGGAAGAUGAAUGUGAAUUUGACAUUAUCAAUUUAAACAAGGAACCAGAAUCACUUCCUGCCAGUAGCUUCUUAGUUAUACAAACUGCUCAGGACAAAAUUUCCCAAGUUUCACCAAACAGCAUUCACUCCAACUCAAGUCCACAAACAGGUCUCGGAGGUCAAACAGGAAGAGGGGCCUCAGUGGGUCAUCGUUUGUCUCUUGGGGAUGCAAGCGGAAUUAAAGGGUCAAAAAGUACCCAAAAGAGUGUCCCAGUGAUGAAAGGACUCACCUUUCCCGGUUCGCACGACCCGCGCUUCUGCCAGUUCGUAAUUGAUCGCAGCAAACACUUGCUCAAACCGGUUUUGAAACACCGUGUGGACAAUGUUCGUAGAAUGAGUGCUCAUCCUCUUCUGCCGCUGUAUUUGACGGGGUCUCAAGAUGGUUCUGUGCAAAUGUGGGAGUGGCGACACACACAACCGGUCGCUGUUCCGCGACCAGCAGGUACCUUUGCUAAAGUAACGCGGGUUCGUUUCUCUCAACAUGGCAACAAGUUUGGAGUGGCAGAUGGUGAUGGUAACCUCAGUUUAUGGCAGGUCGGCCUCGCAUCUAAUGCCAGCAGACCUUUCUUUACUUACCAGUGCCAUAAUAAAGUGACAACAGACUUCGUUUUCCUUGGAUCGUGUAGUUUGGUCGCAACCGCCGGACAUUCAUCUGAUGGCCGCAGUGUUUGUCUUUGGGAUUCUCUCUUACCGCAGAAGAAGGCAUUAGUUACAGCAUUUCUGUGCCAUGAUCAAGGUGCCUCCAGUGUUGUGUUUGCUCCUCAACACCAACUUUUAAUUUCCGCUGGCAAGAAAGGAGAUGUCUGCAUAAUCGAUUUACGACAGCGGCAGAUCAGACACAAGUUCCAGGCACAUGAUUCACCUGUUAAGUGCCUUGCGUUAGAUCCCAGCGAGGAGUUUUUUACAACUGGCUCAGCGGACGGUGACAUAAAAGUAUGGGGCUUAUCAAUGCAUCAUCAACUCUACAAUUUCGUCGGUGAGCAUGCUCGGUCAAGCUUUUUCAAGAACAUUGGUCAAGGUGUCACUCAAAUUCAUGUUGAUGCUGCAGCUCGACUCUUUUCUUGUGGGGCAGAUGGUUCCAUGAAGGUGCGAGAGCUUCCUGUCGCCGAUCGGGAUCUCAUCGUCCACUCAGUCUUCUAAAUCAAAAAAGUCCAUGGUUUGACAAUAAUUCUUGGCAGCAAUCUUUGAGUCUGAAUGGGUAUCAGUACCGCUGGCUGCACGGUUCUCGAUAGAAAUUCUUGUAGCCAGAGUAACUGGUUGAAACACUAGGUAUUUAAACAAUAGGCAGAAUCAUUGUAUCCUACCGCAAAAAAACAAAGUACACAAUUUACUAGGCAAAUAGUUUAUCAAAUUAGUAAUUUUAUAUUGAUAGUAUGGUGGCAUUGCUUUCACAUGCUAAGCCAUAGCUUCAGUCUGCAAUUUAUUCAUAAUAUUAGUGUGUAAGGACUUUACCUGUAAUUUUUCACGUUGUUUUAAUUUGUCAUUGCGAAUCAUAUUAUCCACCUGUUAUGCUUUGUUGUCUGAAUGAGUUGGAUAUUUGUCUUGUAUUUCUUUUAUCAUUGACGGUUAGUAAUUUUUAACUGCAGUUUAAUGACUCAGCUAUCGUGAAUUAUAAUUGAAUUUAGUAAUGUGCCUGUUCCAAGAAUUUGCACGCUGGUCAAGUAGUUUUUUCUCUAAACCAGUGUGAUUCGUUUUUGAUUCAUUGAAAGAUGUUCAAGUAAACCAGACAGAGCACAUCAGUCGUUUUAUUUGGAGGAUAUUCAAUAAUUUUCAUCUUUAUCCUCAAAACUUUGAUAGUUUUUUGUGGUUCUUCAAAAAUUUAAUUUUGCUUUCUCGAAAUCUGAAGCAGGCUGCAUUAAAACUGAGCAAUGUUUGCACUUGUGCAUGAAAGUGCAUUUUUAUUGGUGGGUUCAUUUGCAACCAUUUUUAAAUCUCUCAUGAUCAAUAAAAUUGUUUUUAAGAAUCUACUUCCUAUCUUUCCCCUUAAGCUUCACUGUUCCUUAACAAAUAUCUCUCAGUCCAUCCACAUUUUUUGAGUUAAGAUUUUUUAUAAGUUUAAAUAUAAUUUCAAACUCCAUAAAUAUAAACAAUUUACUACUUCUCUGUCAAGCAUGUAAUUAUUGGAGGCAUAAAGUGAAGGAAAUGAAAUUAAUUUUUCUGGCCUCAUUUCUGUUUGAUUUUCAUCUUAAUGUCAUUGGUUUAAUAUUAAGACCUCUUUAGCAUCAUUUAAUUUAGAGCCACCUUUUAAAAGUGAACAAAUAAACUUUUUUCUUUGAUGCAAUGAAAUACCAUUCAAAACUUCUUGUCCAUCGUCCGAUUAAUACACUGUAUUUGUGUGUUUUUCCAAGGAUUUACAUCAAAAGCAAUGAAUCACAAUAAUCCUGGUUUGAAUAUAUGUCUAAUAUAUAUCUGUACAUGUGUAUUUUCAGUGAAUUGUAUCUUAAGCAAUCACUACAAUUCAGAACUUCAAAAAUUGGAUCCAAAAAUUAAAUCCAGAGUCUUGAUAGGUUAAUUAGAAGUUGGAAAAAAUGUUUAUCUUUGUCAUUUCUCUUUUCCAAUGAGACAUAGAAAUUCGAUCGAGGAUUACUUCAAAACGACAAAUAACUUGUCUAUUUUGAUUCUGUUUUACUGAUAUUGUCGUGAUAUUUUCUCUUGCAAAGCACAAAAGUAUAUCAGAGCUGUCUUAUUUUACCUUUUCUUGACAUAAGGGAUGAUUCUUAAUUGGAAGAUACAACUAUCCCCUGUGUUUAAAGUCUGUAUCAUUUAAGGUCAGGUUUUGCCAGGUCAUGAUGAAUAUAUGACGUGUAGCUAACACUAACAUACUAAUCUGCAAUACCAAAAGUAUAAAACAUCUUCAAAUCUAAAAUAAGUAGAUUCAUGAAGAAAUUAUGAGAAACAUGAAUUGAAAAUAAAGGACAAAUUGUCUUAAAAAAGA